ACCCGCUAAUUUUUUCAACGAAGUUCCCUCUUUGGCGCGGUGGUUUUGAAUUCAUCAGCCAGGACAUCUUUAAUUUGGAUCUAUUAGGGUUUAAGGUUUCGCUUAUUUCUCCCGCUGGUCUUACAUUGCAGAUAUUUAGUUCUGAAAACUCUCAUUCAUUAAUCUGAUUUGAUGUCUCGAUUUUUAUAAUCUGAAAAUUUAGGGUUACAGAAAUCUAGGGUUUAACAAAUGGGAAACAGCAAGGUCACAGAAGAAUUAAUGAUGACAGUACGAUCUGUUAUCGGUGAAGGUUUUUCAGAUAUGGAUAUCAUCCGGGCUCUUCAUAUGGCAAAGAAUGAUGUAACGGCUGCGAUUAAUAUAAUCUUUGAUGUGCCUGAUUUUAGUAACAACAAAGAGAGAGUAGAGAACGGGAAGAAUCCUGAAACAUCGAUGCGCAGUUCAAAUGAGGAGAUUAGAACUACUAAUGUUGUGGUGAAACCUAAUUUGUUAGAAACUGAUGUGAUUGGAAACCCUAAUUUGUUUCCUGUGAGCAGAAAUGUCAGGGAUUCUCAAGUAGGUGAGAAAUUGAAGUUUGGUGAUGGAAGUGAAUGGUGGUUAAUUGGUAGUACUGAACUUGCUGGGUUAUCUACAUGUAAAGGAAGAAAACUCAAAGUAGGGGAGGAAGUAGAGUUUUCUUUUCCUUUCAAGAAACCGAGUUCCCCUUCCUCCUCUUCGACAAGUAAGGUUUUCGGUAAAGGAAAACAAACAGCUUCUGCUUGCUCAGAGAUUGUAAGGUUUUCAACAAAAGAUUCAGGAGAGAUUGGUCGGAUUCCGAAUGAGUGGGCCCGUUGUCUCUUUCCAUUAGUGAAAGAUAAGAAGGUUCGGAUCGAGGGACGCUGUAAAUUUUCUCCGGAUGUUCUUGCCAUCAUGGACUCUAUUCUUUUGUCAGUCAGUGUGUACAUCAACGGUUCAAUGUUCCGUAAGUGCCACCAGACUUCACUCAAGGCAACCCGCACUUCUGCGGAGGAAUCGGUUGUUCAUCCUCUUCCAAAUUUGUUUAGGUUGCUUGGGUUAACCCCUUUUAAAAAGGCAGAGCUCACUCCCGAGGAUCUUUAUACUAGAAAGCGACCAUUAAACUUGAAGGAUAGUUCUGGAUCACAAACAUCAAUAUUAAACAGUGACAAAUCUAAGAAGCCAUCUCCCCAAGGAAGUGAAGAUGAAAAUGAGCAUGUAUCUGUUUCAGAUUCAGAUUUGGAUAAUAUCGUUGGGACAGGGGACAGCUCUCAGCUAGAGGAAACAGAUCCCCCAACUACCCUUCAGUGUGAUCUGCGGUCCUACCAGAAACAAGCUCUUCGUUGGAUGAUCCAGCUGGAAAAGGGGGGAUGUGUAGAGAAGGCCUCUACCACCCUCCACCCAUGUUGGGAUGCUUAUCGUCUUGCAGACAAGAGGGAGCUUGUUGUCUAUUUGAAUUCGUUUUCAGGUGAUGCUACAACAGAAUUUCCCAGCACUCUACAAAUGUCAAGAGGAGGUAUCUUGGCAGAUGCUAUGGGUCUUGGGAAGACCAUUAUGACUAUAGCACUGCUUCUUGCUCACCCAGGGAGAGGUGGAUUAUCUAAUGGCCACCUCACAGUCCAGGAUUCUGGUGAAACAAAUGAAAGCAGUUUGUCGGAUCAAUCUCCAAGUUCUACACAGAAAGUUAAAAAGUUCUCUGGUUUUGAUAAACUCAUGAAACCCAAGGAAUCCCUUGUUAGUGGUGGGAGUUUGAUUGUUUGCCCCAUGACCCUUCUAGGGCAGUGGAAGGCAGAAAUCGAGACUCAUAGCAAAUCUGGAUCUUUGUCUAUUUAUGUUCAUUAUGGACAAAGUAGACCAAAAGAUGCAAAGCUACUGGCGCAGAAUGAUGUUGUCCUUACUACUUACGGCGUAUUAGCUUCAGAGUUUUCAGCCGAGGGUGAAGAAAAUGGUGGAUUAUAUUCAGUCCGGUGGUUCAGAAUUGUGCUUGAUGAAGCUCAUACGAUAAAAUCUUCUAAGAGCCAAGUUUCUGUUUCGGCAUCUGCUUUAACUGCUGAUUGUCGGUGGUGUCUUACUGGAACUCCUAUCCAGAAUAACUUAGAGGAUAUCUACAGCCUUCUUCGGUUCUUGAGGGUAGAACCUUGGGGUACCUGGGGAAUAUGGAACAAAUUGGUUCAAAAGCCCUAUGAGGAGGGUGAUGAACGAGGAUUGAAGUUGGUCCAAUCCAUUCUAAGACCAAUCAUGUUGAGGAGAACAAAGUCCAGCACAGACAGAGAGGGAAAGCCGAUUCUUGUUCUCCCUCCAGCAGAUGUUCAGGUGAUCUACUGUGAACUCACAGCAGCUGAAAAGGAUUUUUAUGAUGCUUUAUUUAAAAGAUCAAAGGUGAAGUUUGACCAGUUUGUUGAGCAAGGGCGGGUUCUGCAUAAUUAUGCAUCCAUUUUGGAGUUGCUUUUGCGUCUUCGACAAUGUUGUGACCAUCCGUUUCUUGUGAUGAGCCGUGGUGAUACUCAAGAAUACUCAGAUCUAAAUAAGCUUGCCAAACGUUUCCUGAGAGGAGGUCAGGAUGCAGUACAAGGGGAAUCUCCUGAUGCACCAUCAAGGGCUUAUAUCCAGGAGGUGGUGGAAGAGCUACGCAAGGGAGACAAAGGAGAGUGUCCAAUAUGCCUUGAAGCUUUUGAAGAUGCUGUGUUGACACCUUGUGCUCAUCGAUUGUGUCGGGAAUGUCUUUUGGCCAGUUGGCGAAACCAUACUUCUGGUCUUUGUCCUGUUUGUAGGAAGACGGUUAACAAGCAAGAUCUUAUUACAGCUCCAACCGAUAGUCGCUUCCAGAUCGAUAUUGAGAAGAAUUGGGUGGAAUCGUCGAAAGUAGUGAUCCUUUUGCGUGAAUUGGAAAAUCUGCGUGCAUCUGGCUCCAAAAGUAUUGUUUUUAGUCAGUGGACUUCCUUCUUGGACCUUCUGCAGAUUCCUCUUUCUAGGAGUAAUAUUUCUUUUGUUCGUUUGGAUGGGACUCUAAGUCAGCAACAGCGAGAGAAAGUAAUAAAGCAGUUUUCAGAGGAAAAUGAUAUAAUGGUAUUGCUGAUGUCUUUGAAGGCUGGUGGAGUUGGAAUAAACGUAACAGCAGCCUCAAACGCCUUCGUUUUGGAUCCUUGGUGGAAUCCUGCAGUCGAGGAGCAAGCUGUCAUGCGAAUUCAUCGCAUAGGUCAGACCAAAAAUGUAACCAUCAGACGGUUCAUUGUGAAGGGAACGGUUGAGGAAAGAAUGGAAGUAGUACAGGCGCGUAAACAGCGUAUGAUAUCUGGUGCUUUAACUGAUCAGGAAGUCCGUACUGCUCGUAUAGAGGAACUAAAAAUGCUUUUCACCUGAAACCAUGGAUAAACCAAAGUUCAUAUCUAGAUUUUACUUGGUAAAUAGGAGGGCACUGUCAGAAAUCCUUCCAAGCUUGAGAAUUUUUUGUUGUUCUCAGCACCCUUACGGUUCCUUCUAGGAGGCUGAAUUUUUAAGAAUGCCGCAGAGCAGUAGUGUACAAAAUCUAUGAGGAGGUUUCUGCUGUAUCUUGUGCCAAGCAGUAUUAAGAAUGAUGGAGAUUCCCCCAUACUGUUGUACCAAAAGAAAAUAUAAACAUACAAAGCCAAGUGGUUUUCACAGCAGAGCAAGUAUUACCCAUUUUUUAUCUUUGACGUUGUACCCUACCUACCACACAAGCUCGUAUUGAUUUUUAUUUUCCGGUAACUUGUCUAGAGUCGAAUGAUUUUGCCUUCACAUUGUGAUAAAUGUAAUAAUAUGUUGUAUAAUAACAGAAAUUUUGUUUUGGUAAUUUGGUAAAGUCUUCACAAAAAUUGUCUAAUUCCAUCUAGUGACUGGUGAGUGGUGACACAAUUUUUACAAGAGCGAACGGUUAUAGAAGCAAAAUCCCUUCCGAUAAUUUUGGCCUUCAUUUUGCUGUUGUCGAAAUCCCAUUAUUAUAGUUCACCGGGAAUAUUUUACCAGCUAUUUCUACUAAAUCACCGCUCUACCCAUGCCAAAACUGGGUAGGUUUCCAACAAAAUUCUAAAUUUUUAACUCCACUGCGGAGAGAGAGAUCGCAGACUGUGAGAGAAGAGGGAGAGAUGGCGAUGGAGGUGGAGAGAAAAGACGGUGAAGAAGAAGGGAAAAAAUCUAGUCCGAAAUUAUCAUGCAUAAAAUACUUCGAUUCCCUCGGAUUCUGCUACUCUCCUGUUUACCAGAUGCAGCAAUAUUACAGGCUUGGAACUUUUGAUAACUGCUUUCAGAAGUGGAAUGCUCUUUUUGAUUGUCUCAGUCUGAAAACAAAACGAGCUUCUGAGGAAAUCCUAAAAGCCCGAGAAGAAUCAAAAACACAUAUCUGGUCCUUUCGAACAAAAGAAGAGGCUGCAACUCAUUGGCAAGAACUCCAUGGUCAGAUAAAUGAUGAGCCUUGAGCCUUCAUGUUUAUUUUUGUAGUGCAGAGGAAAACAACAUUCAUCAAAUAUUUAUCAGUUCCCUUGCUGUAUUAUCACACAGAUGUAUUGUUAAUGCACAAUUGGGAAGAGAAGUGUUAGGAUCUAUUCACAAACCAAAUUACAGCGGAUUCAGUUUUACCUCGUUAAUUUAGGUUUGUGUUGGAUGUUUUGCGCAGUCAACUAGAUGAUAAGGAAGAAAACAAAUGUGAUUUUCAUUUUGCAUAUCUCUACUUUAAUCCUCUCUUUUGCA